CAGGAUAUAUAUAAUUUUCAUUUCGAUAAAUACUUUCGUGGUGUGUUGUGACGCUUGUCGCCGGCCAUCGGAAGUUGUAAUAACGGAUUAUUAUAAAGUGUAAUGGAAGGGUUGUGUGCGAUCCCCAGUGUUGACGUGACAGCGGCACCAUGGCGGUCGAGGUCCCAGCAGCGUGCGUAGCCCCGGCAUCAUGGUGGUGCUGUGCGGCCGCCUCGAGGUGGUAGUGGUCGAGGCGUGCGACCUGCCCAACCUCGACCAGAACGUGCUGCGGCGGAAGGACAAGAGCGACCCCUACUGCGUGGUGGAGGUGCAAGGAGGCAGCGGCAGCCUACAUAAAGUCGGGAAGACUUUCACCAUAGACGACUGCCUCAACCCCAAGUGGUACUACAAAGUGUCGGCGGACAUCAGCCAGGACGUUGCUGGCCUUAGAUUCACAGUGAAAGAUAAAGACUUGUUAUCUUCCGAAACGAUCGGCAGUUGUUUCCUGCCUGUGCAUACCUUCAUAGACAACAGUGCUCCCCAUGAGGCAGAACUUGCGCUAGUGAACAGUAAAGGUUUCCAAGCCGGGACACUCAAGGUUACGGCUUCCUUUGUGUACGACAGAAACCAGCCGGGCGUGACCAUAGGUGAUCGAGCGUGGAACAAAGCGAGUGAACUGAGAGACAGAGUGUCGAGAAAACUCCCCAAAUACGGUAACUCGUGCGACUCGAUAAGCUCAUUCGGCGAGAUGGCGUUCCUGCACGGCGUCCUCGACCUGAAGCUGGAGCGGGCCAACAACCUGCCCAACCUGGACAGCUCCAUCCUCAGCCUCAGCAAGAAGGACGUCUCGGACCCCUUCGUGGUGGUGACGCUGGAGGACGUGGACGGCGAGCCCUGGAAGAUCGCCACCACGCACGUCAUCGACAACAACCUCAACCCCGUGUGGGAGGAAACCUUCCGCGUGGACAUCUGCCACGACGUGGCCUCCAUCACCUUCACCGUCCGAGACAAGGACUUCCUCUCCUCCGAGCAGAUCGGCUCCGUCUCUUUCCCCGUCAACACCCUCACCCAGGAGAAUGGCGUGCACGGCACCUUCGAGCUUCUGAGGGAGAACAAGAACAAGCGGGCGGGCACGCUGACCCUCUCCAUGACGUACAAGCCCAAGCAAGCCGUGCAGCCGUCUUACGAAGUGCCUGAGUGCCUGUUCCCCCUCCGCCUCGACAACCAGGUGCAGCUGUACCAGGACACCCACUGCCCCGCCCUGCCCAUCCCCCUCAUCGACAGCUACGGCAACGCGUACCAGCCGCGCAGCACCUGGAAGGACAUCUACACCACCCUCAUGGAGGCCACGCAGUUCAUCUACAUGGUGGGCUGGAGCAUCAGCGCCAAAAUCCCGCUGCUCAGGGACGAGGGCGAGGACAACCGCACCCUCGGGGAGAUCCUCAAGCAGAAGGCGUACGAGGGCGUGCGCGUCCGCCUCCUGCUGUGGGACGAGCUCACGUCCAACGACCUGAGGAAGACGGGCGCCAUGAGCACGGAGGACGAGGAGACGGCCAACUUCUUCCGCGGGACGCCCGUCGUGGUGGUGCUGGCGCCGCGGGACCGCCACACCAAGGACAUGUUCUCCACCAAGAUGCACUUCACCAUGCUCUGCUACACGCACCACCAGAAGUGCGUCAUUGCCGACUCACCCAUCCUGGAGAUGCCCGGACAGAAGAAGGUGGUCGCCUACGUGGGCGGCCUCGACCUCACGGGCGGCCGCUACGACAACCCCACACACCCGCUGUUCCGCACCUUAGUGCGCGAGCACAGGAACGACUUCAGAAACCGCGUGUUUCCGACGCUGACCAGCGCCAACGGGCCCCGAGAGCCUUGGCAUGACAUCCACAGUCGCGUGGAGGGCCCUGCCGCCCAUGACGUCCUCAUGAACUUCCUAGAGCGCUGGAGGAAGCAAGCGGCCGACCAGAUCGACACCAUCGUUCCCCUGCAGCAGAUGGACGGCAUCGUCAUGGACUACCGCUCGUGCGCGCCCGACCGCUGGAGCGUGCAGGUGUUCCGCUCCAUCAACACGGACUCGGCGCAGUUCGACUGGACCACCGCCGUGGGCCUCACCAAGAAGAAGGGGCGCGCCUUCGACAACAGCCUCCACCGCGCCUACAUCCACAACAUCCGCCGCGCGCGCCGCAUGAUCUACAUCGAGAACCAGUACUUCAUGGGCAGCAGCCACAUGUGGCCCGAGUGCCGCGACGCCAAGGCGGGCAACCUCGUGCCGCUCGAGAUCGCCACCAAGAUCGAGGAGAAGAUCCGCGACGGCGAGCGCUUCGUCGCCUACAUCUGCAUCCCCAUGUUCCCCGAGGGCAAGCCCGCAGACAAGGUGACCCAGGAAAUCCUGCAUUGGCAGCUGCGCACGAUGCAGAUGAUGUACAGCCGCGUCGCCGCCGCCAUCAAGCAAGCCGGGUUGGAGGCUCACCCCCAGGACUACCUGCUCUUCCUGUGCCUCGGCAAGAAGGAGGCCCCCGAGGAGGUGCCUGAGGAGUUGGUUCCACCCGAAGACCCGUCUACGACCCUAGCCUUCACCAACCGUCGCCUUAUGAUCUACGUCCACUCCAAGAUGGCCAUAUUUGAUGACGAGUACAUCAUCGUGGGCUCGGCCAAUAUCAACGACCGCUCGUUGAGUGGCAAUCGCGACACGGAGAUCGCCACCGGCUCCUACCAGCCCAUGUACGUGGGCACAGGCGGCGAGCUGCCCCGCGGGGACGUGAGCAUGUUCCGACGUGCGCUGUGGGCCGAGCACCUGGGCACCGCCGCCCCCGUGGACCAGGACCCCUCGAGCGUCGAAUGCGUCCGGGCCGUCCGCUGGCUGGCCGAGGACGCCCUCCGCGCAUACAUUGAACCCGGAGAUGCUCCCACGCCCCGCCACAUGCUGCUGUAUCCGCUGCAGGUCAACCCCGAUGGCACGGUGACCCCGCGACCUGACUGCCCCACUUUCCCGGAUACAAUGGGCAGUGUGAUGGGAGCAAGGUCAAAGGUGUUCCCAAGCACCCUCACCACCUAAACAGGCAUUGGCAGUUCUGAUAUUGGAAUUUGGUUAAGAAGUCUUGGUCAUGUCAUUGUGAGCUUGCAAUCUUCCCACCAAACUUGGUUUUGUUGAUUUUAUUAUGCUCUUUACCUGAUAGCAUACGAGUAAUUGGUGUUUGUGAUUAUAGCUAUAUCCUGUCAUUUGUCACCAACUGUAAUGUUUUAAAAAUACAAAUUUGACUUGCUACAUUAUUAUUUUUAGCUAUGUAGCUUCCAUUGCUAAAGGAUGUUUAGAGGUGUGGAUUUUAAUGAUUGCUAAAAUGUAAUAAUUUAAAUCACUACACCGAAGGAACAGCAAUAGAAAAAGCUUACACAACUGGAAUGCAUUAAUAAAGCCAAGUUUUAUGCAUAGAGCAUUUGGUGGCUUGCAUGUGUAUGGACAGCAAGAGGUAACUGAUAACACACAGGGUAAGUUGGAGCAAUAAUAUGGCACAAUCUAACAUAUCAACAAGUAUUAUAACAUGCACACUAAGGUCUGCAAACAGUGCUGUUACUCAGACCUACUUGAAAAUAUUACCAUCAUUGUCUGUUAUUAUCAUGUUCAAGCCACUGUAUUUCUCACUCUUUCCCUGUGUUUCCUCAUCCCCAAAACAUACUGAUCUUUGGCAUGGCUUGUUCUAGCAUUGGGAGUUAGAAAUCUUUAUUGAUUUAUGAGAAAAUAAACUGCUAAAUUCACUGGCAGGCCAGAUUCUGUAAUUGCACUUGUGAAUGUAUUUCAUUCUCUCAUUCAUGAUUGCACCACUGGGAUGGGAUGAAAACAAUAAAGUGUAUAUUCUGGAAUUUGUAUACUAGUUGUUGUGUCAUCCAUUUAAGUUUUACUAUUUCCAAGAUUCUGUAAACAAUAGAAUCAACAGAAUGGUGGGUGACUGGAUAUGAAAUGCUACCAGCAGUUCAUCAGCUGCUAAUUCCUUCUAUAGUGACAAGAGAAUGUAAUUUAAGCAUUGAAUAAUUCACAAGUGCAUUAAAAUGGCAAUGAAGUACAUUGCAGUAAACUUGAGAUUUAAUUCUCUUUACUUUAUUGAUACUGUAUUACCUUGAAAUGAAACUUUUGAAUAAAGUUUAGACGAAAGGUUAAGCUUGGUCAGGUUGUGAAAUCUCAACUAGAAAUGCUACUGUAGAGCAUGUCAUCUCAUAUGAUAAUCAAGCAGUUUGUUGUGAUAUCCAUUCCUUCAGGCAUCAGUGAUUGUGAAAAAAACAAUAAUUUUUUAUCAGCUUUUGUUUUAGAUUGUUAUGAAUAUUUACAGUCUUUUUGUUACUGGAUUUUAGGUACGUAUCUGUCUUUUUGUGAUACGUAAAUGAUUGUAUUGAAAUAUUUGGUGCUCACUUGAAGCUCAAAGUAAAUAGUACAACUGUUUAGUUCUGAGGUAGGUCACUCAUGCCUAGGAUUAAAGGGUUGCAGGUUGAACUAUAUAUUGUCAGGCAUCAUAAUGGCAUAGAUUAAUGAUUAGUUGUGUAACUGCUCUGGAAUAAAAUUAUCUUAAAAUGGUAUACUUAUUCAAGGGUGAGUGAACAUUUUAAGAAAUAUAGCAGAUGGAAAGGGUAAAUAGAAAUAUUUAUAUAUUUUAUUAUAAACUGGUUAUUACUCCAAUUCAAGUAUCUCUACAAUUUCAUAGAAUAUAAGUUUUUCUUCUCAUGUAAUAUUGAUAAUAAGGUUGAUCAUCAUGGACUGUUGUGGUCCAGGUUUUGUGUUCAGAACUGUGGAGGAAACAAUCCACUACUGCACUAAUUGCUUUUUGGUCUGCUAACUUUACUCAUAUUUACUCAUUAGUGUGUCUUACCGUCUCAAGUGUUUGGCAUCGCAAGCACCACCAGGAGAACAAUUUUUAAACAGCAUUUUAAACAGCAUGUAAAUUCAUAAUCAUCAUUCUAAUUAUCCAUCAAGAUAUUUCAUGUACUUAGAUCAAAGAAACUAACUCUUUUGUCAGGGAUACUUGUACAGUUACUAUUAGGUGCAUAUUGCAUGUUAGACAUCAACUGUUCUCCUGAUGGCUUUAUUUGGACUUGACUAGUCUGUUGUGGAAAUAACCAGAGCUUACUGUUGAUGCUUCUUCAACGAGGAAUAUUAUGUCUCAAGUCUAGAUUAUUAAAAAGCUUUUCUCUCAGUAUAUUGUGUGGUCUUCAGAGCACUGUUUUUAUCAGUCAUUUUAGAGAGAACCUCCUUGUAGAUUUGAGUGACUUACAAAAUAAGCAUGUGAACCACUCUGCACUCAAAUUUCUUAUUAAGCAACUAAGAUGAGUAUUGACUUAAACUGGAAAUCUAAGAAAUCCUAAUUACAUCAUUUAGAAAGUUGCUUUCAACUAAAAUAUGCAAAGAUGCUACUUCCAUGAGGAUGUGAGAUGGUUAGAUACAGUUUUAAGUACAGUAUGUCAUAACGUGGUUUACUUACAGCCACAAGUGUGAGGAAGGACUGACUACAUAAAAAGUGGCUAUGUCUGUCUGGCCUCAAAUGUUUAUAAGCUUGUAAUCAGCCUACAUUCAGGUUGUAGACAAUUUUUUUCAUAACUCCACUUAUUCCACAAGUAUUUACCAAUUUAAAUCUUUACACAGAACUUGAUCACUGCCUUUGAUUAUUUUUUUCUCUUCUCUCCCAUUCUAAGAAUAAGAAAUCCCUUUCUUCUGUAUUUCUUGUUUGUUUUUGUUUAAAUAAUAAGUUGAAAAGUGUUAGAUUUUUGUACACUUGACUUUGUUUACAAUAUUUUUAAUGAGUUUUUAAGAUAGUAGGUUUGGUUAGAUUAAAUAUUGGGAAGUUUGAAUUACUAAUUCUCCUUUUAUCAUAUUAUAGAUCAUACUAAUU